GCUUUUUUUUGUCUUCAUACCGCAUAAUUGCUCCCACCUUUUUCAACCACUCUUCAUCACCAGUCCCUUCUUUCUGUGUCAAUUGGGUUUUUCUUUUCGGCUGCAGGGUUAUUUUAAUAAAAAAUCAAAAUGUCGGCGUUCUCGCGAACACUGGCGCCUUUUCUGCGCGCUUCCCGCAGCUCCCUAAGAACUGGCAGUGCCGUCAACCCACUACAAUUCGCAGUGCGACAGCAAAAUGUGGCUGCUGCCCUCAACAUCACACGUUCUUACGCAGUCUACGAACGAACGAAGCCCCACGUAAACGUCGGUACCAUUGGACACGUCGAUCACGGAAAGACUACUCUAUCUGCCGCCAUCACCAAGAGACAGGCCGAGAAGGGACUGGCAAGUUUCCUUGAGUAUGGCGCUAUCGACAAAGCCCCCGAAGAGCGAAAGCGUGGUAUCACCAUUUCUACUGCCCACAUCGAAUACUCUACCGAAAACCGACACUACUCCCACGUCGACUGCCCCGGUCACGCCGAUUACAUCAAGAACAUGAUUACGGGUGCUGCUAGCAUGGACGGUGCUAUCAUCGUCGUUGCUGCUUCCGAUGGUCAAAUGCCCCAGACGAGAGAGCACUUGCUUCUCGCUCGUCAGGUUGGUGUCCAGAGGAUCGUCGUCUUCGUCAACAAGAUCGAUGCCAUUGAGGACCCCGAAAUGUUGGAAUUGGUCGAGAUGGAAAUGCGUGAGCUCCUAACCCAAUAUGGCUUCGAAGGUGAUGACACUCCUGUCAUUAUGGGUUCUGCCUUGAUGGCUAUGGAAGGCAAGCGGGACGAUAUCGGUAAUUCGAGGAUCGAUGAGCUACUUAAAGCUGUUGAUGAGUGGAUCCCUACCCCUCAACGUGAUUUCGAGAAGCCUUUCUUGAUGUCCGUCGAGGAUGUUUUCUCCAUCGCUGGUCGUGGAACUGUCGCCUCGGGUCGUGUUGAGCGAGGUAUCCUAAAGAGGGAUCAGGAUGUUGAGUUGAUUGGUAAGGGUACUGAAAUUAUCAAGACCAAGGUCACCGAUAUCGAGACCUUCAAGAAGUCUUGUGAAGAAUCGCGUGCUGGUGACAACUCCGGUCUACUUCUACGAGGUAUCCGACGAGAGGAUGUUAAGCGAGGUAUGGUCAUUGUCAAGCCCGGCACCGUCAAGGCCCACACCAAGUUUAUGGUCUCGCUAUACGUCUUGACCAAGGAAGAAGGUGGCCGACACACUCCCUUCAUCGAGAACUACCGACCCCAGAUCUUCUUGCGAACGGCCGACGAGGCUUGCGCCCUUCACUUCCCUGAGGACGCCGAGGACAAGUCUAGAGCUAUCAUGCCUGGUGACAACGUCGAGAUGGUUGCCACUCUACACCACCCCAUCGCCGUCGAGGCCGGUCAGCAAGUCAACAUCCGUGAGGGAGGUCGAACCGUAGCAACUGGUCUUAUUACCCGAAUCCUACAAUAAAUUUGACUAUGGAUGAUUAAGAAAGACCUACCAAGUCCAAAUGCGCAAAAGGAUGAUGUUGUGCAUACAAGAGGGAUAGAACGGGCUAAUUUUCGGCUCUGCUUUUUUUCAUAAGCCGGGAUGGGGAAAAUUCGUAUGGCGUUACUUCCUC